UGACAGCACAGGAACAUGUGGUCAUGCAGCGGCCAAUGCCGAGCCUGGAGCAGGCGAUCAGCACUGUCAGAGUAGCAGCAGCAGCAGCAGUAGCAGCAGUGCUGGCACCAGAGAGGAACUCCGCCGUCCCCCCGCAGAAAGAAACCCCCCUAAAAGAGGCAGAGACAGAGAGAGGGAGGGAGAGGGAGAGAUUUGGUUACAGAGCAGAGGAGGAUGAGGAUGCAGUGGGAAGGGGAUGUUGCAGAGGAUGCUGCACGGAGGCAAACACAAACAGGACAAGCUGUGUGAUCCAGGUCUCAAGAUGUAGGAGCCGCAUCAGAGGAGCCCUCAGUCAGAGUGUGUGUGAACGCACCAUAACAUCAGGGGACUUGUGUUUCAAGGAUAGUGAAGGUGGAGAGGCGCAACCUGAGAAGACCUCCCCUCCACCUCCACAGAGGAUGACAAAUUAGUCCUUAUUCAGCAAGGAGCAAGAGCAUCACUCCGAGGAUCAGAUGUUGUCCACAGCUCAGCAGAUGCUGCAGGAUAGCCGCUCCAAGAUCGAGCUGAUCCGACUGCAGAUUAUCAAAGUCACCCAGGCUGGCAGCAGCAGCGGCGGCAGCGGCGGGGAUGGUGGCGGAAACCCCAACAGCUCCACUCAUGGAGGCAUCUCUCCGCUCGCCAUCAGUGCUGUGGAUGCUCGUUUGGCAGAGCUGCAGCACUACAUGCAGAGAGAGACAGACGCGUUGGUGCUGGCCAAGGAUGUGGUGAAGCAGCUGGAGGGAAUCUCAUCGCUGGACCAGAAGGCACUGGCUGAGGCUCAGUCCCGAGUGCAGGAGUCCUCCCAGAAGCUGGAUCUUCUGCGGCUUUCUCUGGAGAAAUGCAUGAAGGAAAAGAGCCAGGAGCCUCUACAAGAGCCUGAAGCGGGGAUCGACCCUUCAGAGGGAUCCUUGUCCCCCCACGGGUCCAGACCUGGAUGUCCACUGUCCACCUCCCCGUCCAUCUUCUCUAUCAGACCUGCCUCCUUGACUGGCAAACUUGAAGUCAGACUUCUUGGAUGUGAGAAUUUACUGACACCUCGAAUAAACCAAGAGCAGGAAAAUCAUCUGAGUGCAACUGAGGACGGCUCAGCUGCUGCUCACAAGACAGACGGAAACGCUGCGGAGAUCAGCGCGGUGCUCAGGCUGGACACCAGAGUGGUCGGCCAGACACGCUGUGCAGCCGUCAGCGGGCUGAACUGGGAUCAGACGUUCUGCAUCCAGCUGGAGAGGUCUCGGGAGCUGGAGGUCUGUGUCUUCUGGCGGGACCGGAGGGCGAUGUGUGCCGUCAAGUUCCUGCGACUAGAGGAGAUGAUGGACAACCCGAGCCACGACCAGGAGUUCAGUCUGGAGCCGCAGGGCCGCCUCUACGCCAAGCUUCAGUUCAUCGACACUGUUGUUGAGCGGCAGCCGAAACUGAGACGUCAGCGAUGUAUCUUUACUAAAGAGCGAGGGAAGAACUUCCUCCGGGCGGCUCAGAUGAACAUGAACUUUGCCACGUGGGGUCACCUGAUGAUGAGCAUCCUCCCUCGCUACAGCUCAUUCACCACAUUCAGCUCAACUCUCUCCACGACCCCCGACCUGGUGGCCAACAACACGUCGCGUCCCACCGAGAAGGAGCCUCAAACCACCUCUCCACUGCCAAGCGAAGCUCCAGAAAUCAGACUCAGCGUCACAGAGGAUCAGCCGUCUCCCACCAGCCUCGACCUGGGAGACAACACUCCCACCAUCAUCACCACGGCACACAAAACAUCAUCUCUGACUGCAACUCAAGAAACGCUGUCGUCCAUAAACAACACAGAAGGAAGUGAAGACCAGCCUGUAUCUGCUCUGAAGAUGCAAAUGGACGAUUUUAAAUAUAUGUCAGUUCUGGGCAGAGGACACUUUGGGAAGGUCCUGCUGGCAGAGUUUAAGAAGACAGGAAGACUGUACGCCAUCAAAGCCUUGAAGAAAAGAGACAUUGUGACUCGAGAUGAAGUGGACAGCCUUAUGAGUGAGAAGAGGAUCUUUGAGAUGAUCAACGCUUCCAGACAUCCGUUCCUGGUGAACCUCCACGGCUGCUUCCAGACCAGCGACCACGUCUGCUUUGUCAUGGAGUAUUUACCAGGCGGCGACCUCAUGAUCCACAUCCACAACAACGUCUUCACCGAGGCGCAGACCAGGUUUUACUCAGCAUGUGUGCUGCUGGGUUUAGAGUUCCUACAUCUGAAUAAAAUCAUCUAUCGAGAUCUGAAGCUGGACAACCUGCUGAUGGAUGCAGACGGGUUUGUGAAAAUCACAGACUUUGGACUUUGUAAAGAAGGGAUGGGUCAUGGCGAUCGGACCUCGACCUUCUGUGGGACUCCUGAGUUUCUGGCUCCUGAGGUCCUGACAGACGACAACUACACCCGGGCGGUGGACUGGUGGGGGAUGGGUGUCCUCAUCUUCGAGAUGCUCGUUGGGGAGUCUCCAUUCCCUGGUGAGGAUGAGGAGGAGGUAUUUGACAGCAUCGUCAAUGAUGAUGUGCAAUAUCCAGGGUGUCUUCCUCCUGAUGCUGUCUGCAUCAUCCAGAAGCUGCUGAAGAAGAAUCCUCUGAAAAGAAUCGGAGCCGGAGAGAGGGAUGCAAACGAGGUCAAAGGAGAGAAAUUCUUUGAGACCAUCGACUGGGAAGCCCUCCUAGCCAAGAAAGUAAAACCUCCAUUCCUGCCGUCAAUCAAAGAGUCGAUGGACGUCAGCAACUUUGACAGCGAGUUCACUCGACUUCAGCCAAUCCUGUCGCCUCCCUCCAAACCCUUCAUCCUCUCUGCCGAGCAGCAGGAAGCCUUCGCAGACUUCGACUUCUGCGCCUUGCACGGGUGAAAGACGAACUCAAAGGACCAGGGUGGGAAAAUGAUUCCAUUUAUUUUGUGGCUGGGAAGCUUGUCCACUUCAGUAGACUUACCAAACAUCAUUAUUUAUUUACAGUAUAACCAACCCCACUGUUGGGAAGUUAAAUUAUUCAAGUGAGUAGUGACUUUAUUUAUAUAUAUUUUUUGGAUUAAAAACAUUAAAGGUUUAGCUGUUUAGCAGCAGGACUCGCAAGAAAACAGACUUUUUAAAACUUUAAUCUCUAGUCUAGUGUUGUGUUAGAUUAUUAAUAAAUUGGUCAAUUGGCAUAAAAUGUAUCUGUUAAAUUAGUCUAACAAUUUUCAUUUAAGUCCUUUAUCAAUUACAAACACAAAACAAGAAGAUUACAACCAAAAAUGUGACAUAAGAACUUUUUAACCUCACUUAUAGACCAUGGUAACUUGCGAUGACCAUUGGUCGUCAUAUCUUUUGACAGUUUAUUGUAGAAAUGGUCUUAUUUAUUUAAAAUCAUACAGGUGGUAUCUGUACGGUCAAUAUGAAGCUAUGCUUAGCAAAUUGUUAGCUUAGCUUAGCGUAAUGGCUGGAAACAUGGGCAAACAGCUAGCCUGGCUCUGUCCAAAGAAAACAUAAAUCCACCUACCAGCCCCUCAGCCCCGUUAGCUGUUUUCCUGUGUUUCCAGGCUUUGAGCUAUAAGCUAAGCUAAUCGACUGCUGGCGUUAGCGUCAUAUGUACCGUACAGAUAUAGAACGUAUUGAUGUUUUCAUCUAAAAUGAGCAAAUAAGCAUAUUUCAGAAAGUUUCAAACUAUUUCAGUGAAAGGAAAAUAAAGUUAGUUGGAGUCCAUGUUUGUGUGAAAACAGACUGAAAAAUUAAAUAAUAGAAACACUUUUGGGAAAUAGUCUUGUUCGCUUUCUUGCCAAAAGGUAGAUGAGAAGAUUGAUGCCAGUAAAUAUGAGGCUACUGGUUAGCUUAGCUUAGCUUAGCUUAGCACAAAGACUGGGAACCAUGGAUGUAUUAGCAGAACUGGAUACAGCAUUGGCAGCGGGGCCCGUCCCUUUCUAUGAGAGUUGCUCAGUGGCACAUGAAGCCAAAAUGGUUCAUCUGUCGCAUUUGAAAUAACCCGACUGAUCUGGAGAUCUUCGGCAUUACUUCAGCACUGUGUGGCCCAUAGAGCAUGUACACUAGAGACACUACAGUGCAGCCAAACAACUCACUUCUGCCAGCUGAAUGGAUAGCUUCCAAUUUAGCACUCCGCUAAAUGGGGAUGGGGAUAAAAUAAUUUCAUCUUGUGGCUCUUCUAGACUUUCCAAAUAUUAUCAGACCAAAUGGAUCAAAUCCUCAUAGUGAAGCGAGUCAUUUUUGUGGGGGUUGUGGCACUCAAAAGAAUGUUUCCACUGAUUUACAGAUGUCUCUUUCCCAAUGUAAGUCAAUUGGAAAUAGUCUUUUUGAGCUGCAGGGCAUCAUGUGACGGACCCCAGAAAUUGUAGUACCACUGUUUGGCCACUAUGAAAAUUGGCGUCAAACCCUGGCGCACUUCUUGGGGGCCUGCUGGAAACAGGGGCAAACAGCUAGCCUGGCUCUGUUGAAAGGUAAGUCAGCCCUGCUAGUUUUUCCCCCGUUUCAAGUCUUUCUGCUAAGCUAAGCUAAGCUAAUUGACCGAAGACAGUAGCU